UUUAUUUUAUUUUAUUUUAUUUCACUUUAUUUUAUUUUAUUUUAUUUCAUUUUAUUUUAUUUUAUUUUAGAGUUUAGUGAUUACAUAGAUACCAAUGACAAUGCCUUAUAACGAUUUGCUUUGUUUUCCCUCCAGGUUAUUACCAUAGCUAUGUAUUACCAAACAGUCAGUGGUAAUGGCCUUAGGGCUGCUUGGCUGUUUCUUUAAUGCUACGGGAGGGACCACCGUGGAAAACAGGGACGCGCGCAUGCGCAGUGCGCAUAGCAACUCUUUCGCUUAGCGGGGGGAGCAGGGAGGGAUCGCCCAUGAUCAGUUUGGGCAGGAGCGAAAGAUAAUUUACCCCAAACACUCUGGCAGGAAUCAUGGAAAACGUGUUCCUGCCAGCAGACGCAGCCCACGCCGUGCUGCGGCGGCUGCGGAGGGCCAACUUCCUGCUGGAGGAGAUUAAGCACGGGAACAUUCAGAGGGAAUGCCGCGAGGAGAUCUGCUCCUACGAGGAGGCCCGAGAAGCCUUUGAGGAUGAGGAGAAGACGAAGCAGUUCUGGAAUGAAUACGUGCGAGAGAGCAGCCCCCCCGGCGGUCUGGGGACGGUGCCGGGCGGAGUCCACUCGUUGUACCUGAUCGUGCCGUUGCUGCUGGUUCUGUUCGUCAUCGCCGCCGUGGCUAUAACCGUUUGGCGCUGCCACUCCCGGAAGCCCUCGCAGCGCAUCCCGGGCCUCGGAUACCCGCACCAAAACCAGGCUCUGUCCACGGUUUCCUUGGACCAUUUGGGGAGGGAUCACCAGCACAGGGACCACUCAGAACUCAGCAUCCACAGCUGCCCCGCCUUCAUGGGCCCUGGGAUGACGCCGGGAACAGGAAGCGCGGAAGACCCGCCGCCGUCGUACGAGGAGGCCGUGGGCCACACGGAUGUCCGGAUUGAGACGGAGCUUCCUCCGCAGUACGACGACAUCGUUCACUCCAGUUCCUCCAGAAGCAGCCGCGGGCAAGUCAAGUAGACCAGCCACCCGAACCGAAUCCUCACCUGCACUGACGGUGUCAUAGUUUGGCACUCCUCCUGCUGCCGUACCACCUGCCUUUCACAUCCAACAUCAACCACUUUCACUUUCAUUAGACUCAGACACGUUUUGGUGAACUCUGCACUAACUUUUUUAGAGGUUUCACAGUCCAAAAACAUUCAGCACAUUGUUUGUUCUUUUUUAAGUUGCGUUGAUCUCUUCACGCUGUAGCAGAUCCUUUUAGAACGUUAAAAAAAGAAAUGCAUGAAGCAAAAAACGUUUAUUGUAAGUACUUAUGGGAGUUUUAAAGCUAGGCUGAAGGUCACUGCGCUAAUCUGUUGUUUUAUUCGAUAAUUUAACAUUUUGUACAUACAUUUGAUAUUAAGAGUAAAAAUUCUAAAGUUUCUAAUGUCACGUUUAACUUUUUGAGCAUCUGAGAACCAGUUACGUUUCUUUAACAAAUUGACUUAAACUUUACAAAAGUUAUCCUAAAGAGUAGAAAUUAAUCUUAUAUUGAGCUAAAUUGGAGCCAAUAUUAUUUGAAACCCAAUUAAAACAAAUUAGAAAAAUAUUAGUGUUUGGACAAAAAAAAAAAAUUGUCUACAACUUUUUGUUAUUUUAAGAUAAACGUAACUA